AUGGAGCACACGCACGCCCACCUCCCCGCUGCCAACCGCUCGCUGUUCUGGUCCGCCGGCUCGGCCUGCGGCUUGGGCUUCGUGCCCGUGGUCUACUACAGCCUCUUGCUGUGCCUCGGUUUACCAGCAAAUAUCUUGACAGUGAUCAUCCUCUCUCAGCUGGUGGCUAGAAGACAGAAGUCCUCCUACAACUAUCUUCUGGCACUUGCUGCUGCUGACAUCUUGGUCCUCUUUUUCAUCGUGUUUGUGGACUUCCUACUGGAAGACUUCAUCCUGAACAUGCAGAUGCCUCCGGUCCCUGACAAGAUUAUAGAGGUGCUGGAGUUCUCAUCCAUCCACACCUCCAUUUGGAUUACGGUCCCCUUAACCAUUGACAGGUACAUUGCUGUCUGCCACCCUCUCAAAUACCACACAGUCUCUUACCCAGCCCGCACUCGGAAGGUCAUUGUCAGCGUUUACAUCACCUGCUUCCUGACCAGCAUCCCCUACUACUGGUGGCCCAACAUCUGGACUGAAGAUUACAUCAGCACCUCUCUGCAUCAUGUCCUGGUCUGGGUCCAUUGCUUCACAGUGUACCUGGUGCCCUGUUCCAUCUUCUUCAUCUUGAACUCCAUCAUUGUGUACAAGCUUAGGAGAAAGAGCAAUUUCCGCCUCCGGGGCUACUCCACAGGCAAAACCACUGCCAUCUUGUUCACUAUCACCUCCAUCUUUGCCACCCUUUGGGCACCCCGCAUCAUCAUGAUCCUCUAUCACCUCUACGGGGCACCCAUCCAGAACCGCUGGCUGGUGCACAUUAUGUCUGACAUCGCCAACAUGCUGGCCCUUCUGAACACGGCCAUCAAUUUCUUCCUCUACUGUUUUAUCAGUAAGCGGUUCCGCACCAUGGCAGCUGCCACACUCAAGGCCUUCUUCAAGUGCCAGAAGCAGCCUGUACAGUUCUACACCAAUCACAAUUUUUCCAUAACAAGUAGCCCCUGGAUCUCACCAGCAAACUCACACUGUAUCAAGAUGCUGGUGUACCAGUAUGACAAAAAUGGAAAACCUAUAAAGGUAUCCCCGUGA